AUGUCUGCUAUUCCGCUGAACCCCGACUCGUCUCGGACCCAGGUGUCCGCAAAUCAAUUCAAGAUACAGCCCCAAUUCGAAGACGCUAUUCGCGAGACUCUGCUCCAAGUUCAAGGCUUCCACGAGCUCGUUAUCACCGAUCUGCCCCUUGGCUGGGAGGAAUUUCUCUGGGAGUUCGAGGAAUCCCUCCCUCGUAUUCUGAAAACCUACGACCCAAAGAUCGGUACUUUACGACUCAAAAUCAUGCCAACUCGUUCCCACAAUUUCGUCCAAGGAUGGUUAUCGAACUCUAUGGGCGAAGCCUACGCAUCACAGUUCCUAACCCGUCAAGAGCAUGGAGAAAUCGAUAUCCAAUUUGGUACAACCCUUACAUUCACAAGUGGACCAUAUCGUGGACUUGAAAAAGAGCCAGAUGCGCUCUUCUGGAUCCCCUCUAAGCUCCUUCCUAGCACUACCGUCGAGGUAGGAUGGAGCGAGUCCUACAAUGACCUACUUGAUGAUAUGAACAAGCUUCUUGUUGGUGGGAAUGGGGAUAUUAAGGCCGUCAUUCUUAUUAAAUGGACGCAGCAUUCGAAUCAGACUGUGAGCGGCAUCCUCGAGCUUUAUAGACUCGAUCGUCAAGGUAUACCGAAACUCGAUCAGACUGAAAUCAUUUUCCCAAUGCCCGCCGGCGAUCCUCUUCAGCCGCUAGACAUCAAACGACGCGAUCUUUACCUUGUCCCGCCUGGUCGGAAUCCCAACGAAGUCUUUCCCUUGAACAUUCGCGAAUUACGGGUUUUCGCCCGGCGAAAUUUGGCAGCAGAGGGAUAUCAACCUGCUUAA